GAUUAGCAAUUCUCGUUCUGCGUGUGUAACAGGUUGACGUUAAUUAGCGAGCAGCUUGAACCAACAUGUCGGCUUGUUUCCUCAACAAGUCUGCUUAGGCUCCGGCCAGUUGGUCGCCUGUUCCUCUGUCUUUUACUUCAAAACGCAGUUUUUUUGUUUUAUUGUUCUUCUCUUGUGCUUGACAGCUGGAACAUGUCCCCCCAGACCCAGAAUGCUGCUGCCAGACUGGCCCAGAUCCCCAUGGUCCACUCGGCUUGGUCCCGGCUCUCAGUCCUGUACGGGGGUACCAAAAGCCGCAGCCCCGGCCUGAAGUGCGUGUGUGAGGGCCUGGAGAGCAGAGUGACGCUGUUGGGCCUGCUGGCUUGUCGCCAAGUGACGCCUGUCAUCACUCAACUGCAGCCGCAAAUUUCCUUGGCCAACGAUGUUGCCUGCAGAAGUCUGGACUGGCUGGAGGCCACCUUCCCCGUCCUUCACGCACCUGCCGACCAGGUCAUGGCGGGCGUGAAAAGUAAGGUGCUGGAGGUCCGGGGUGCCGUGAGCAGCGUUGCCAUGGGAACCGUGCAGCGCGUUAUGGCCAUGUUGCAGCAGGCCCACCACCGGUCCCGGGGCAGCCUGGACUCUGAGGUCCUGGUGGAGCGCACCAGGAGAUGGUCUCCUCCAGAAGACACAAACGCUGACUGGCCAGUGGAGCAGGUGGAGACGGACAGGAGAAGACUCGGGACACUCUCCAUCACUCUGGGCAGGAGGGCCAAGGUCCAGUCUGCACAGCAGAUCAUGGACACCUUGUCCAGCUCCACCUGUCAUCUCCGGGUGGUGCACACAAGCUGGCUGCUGGUGGCCUGGAGUCUGGAGCAGCUCCCCCAGUGGUUGCAGCAGCAGAUAGUGUCUGCCUUCCUGCUGCUCACACACAUGUACAACAGCCAGCAGCGUGUCUGCCUCUGUGACACAGCGCCACCAAGCGUGGUCAAGAGGAACUGGCGAGCAAAAAGACCUGCAACCAUCUCGGGGUUUGAGAGCGGACGCAUGGGGAAAGGAUGUUGACUGCGUUGAGGCGAGUCACAAGUAAUAAAUGUAUGAAUAUGUCAAAUAAAGCACUUGAAUGUAAA